UUUUUUUUUUUUUUUUUGUUUUUAUGGCGUUUCUCAUGAAGCUGACUUUAUACUUCUCUCCAUUCUUUUAUUCUCCUCAGAUUCUUCCACUUUCUUUUCACAUCCGUCGUUUAAGUUUCUUUCCAAAUAACUGAUCACCAUUUUCUCAGGAAAAAAGGAAUCUUUUUAUCGUCUCAUGUCUAAGUUCUUUUCUUUUCUGGGUGGUGGUGGUGGUGGUUGUUGUUGAUAGCCAUGCCAUGAAUGUGAAGCUGUUGUAAUUUUUGCUGGAAAGUGAUUGUUGAAGGUGUAAACUGAAAUGGAUAAAAGAAAAAAGAAAGCUGCUUUACAUGUUGAAGAAGUUGUUGAGUUUUUGAAGCAUUUGUUGGAGGAAAAACCUCUACUUCCCUUUGUAAUUCCUUUGAUUUUGAUUCUUUGGAUCAUUGAGAGAUGGUUCUUCUCUUUCUCCUAUUGGGUUCCUCUUGCCAUCGCUGUCUGGGCUACUUUGCAGUAUGGUGUCUAUCAACGUCAGCUACUUGUGGAAGACUUGAAUAAGAAGUGGAAGCAAGUCAUAUUGAAUACCUCGCCAAUCACACCACUGGAACACUGUGAAUGGUUUAAUAAACUGUUGAUAGAAAUUUGGCCCAAUUACAUGAACCCAAAGUUUUCAAGAAGGUUCUCACAAAAAGUUGAGAAACGGCUAAAGCACCGCAAAUCAAGGCUUAUAGAACAUAUAGAAUUGCAGGAGUUCUCACUAGGUUUAACUCCACCUUUGUUGGGUCUUAAUGGAACUCGCUGGACUUCGUCGGGUGAGCAGAAAGUUAUGCAUAUUGGUUUUGACUGGGACACCAAUGACAUAAGCAUCUUGUUGCUUGUCAAAUUGGCGAAGCUUGGGAUUGCCCGAAUUGUUGUCAACAGCCUCCACAUUAAGGGUGAUCUCCUAUUUAUGCCAGUUCUGGAUGGGAGAGCAGUUUUGUAUUCAUUUGUAUCUGUACCUGAAGUGCGAAUAGGAGUGGCAUUUGGAAGUGGUGGAAGUCAAUCUCUACCUGCCACAGAGCUGCCUGGUGUUUCAUCUUGGCUGGUUAAACUUUUAAAUGAAACCUUAGUUAAGACGAUGGUUGAACCUCGUCGCCGGUGUUUGUCUUUGCCUGCAGUAGAUUUGAGGAAAAUAGCUGUUGGUGGUAUCAUCUAUGUGAAAGUUGUUUCUGCUAGUAAACUUUUUAGAAGUAGUUUAAGAGGGAACCCAUCAAAAAAGCAAACAUGUCCUUUAGACUGUAGUUUAGAAGAGUGCUAUAAUGACAGAGAUUUUCAGACGUUUGUGGAGAUUGAACUUGAAGAAUUAACCAGAAGAACAAAUGUCAGACAAGGCUCAGAUCCCAGAUGGGAUUCAACAUUUAAUAUGGUUUUACAUGAAGAAACAGGAAUUAUACGGUUCCACCUCUAUGAGUUCACACCCUACAAUGUCAAGUAUGAUUAUCUAGCAAGUUGUGAAGUCAAGGUAAAGUAUAAUGCAGAUGAUUCUACGACCUUUUGGGCAGUCGGGCGUCCUGAUUCUGGCAUAAUAGCCAGGCAUGCUGAAUUUUGUGGAAAAGAAGUUGAAAUGACUGUUCCUUUUGAGGGGGUCAGUUCAGCGGAGUUGACAGUGACCCUUUCGUUGAAGGAGUGGCAAUUUUCAGAUGGUUCACAUAGCUCAACCAACUUUCGUAGUGGCUCGCAACUAUCACUAAAUGGUUCAUCAAAUUUUCUUUCUAGAACUGGAAGGAAAAUUAACGUAACUGUUGUGGAAGGAAAGGAUCUUAUACUAAAAGAAAAAUCUGGAAAGUGUGAUCUGUAUGUCAAAUUGCAAUACGGAAAGAUUCUCCAAAGAACAAGGACUGCACAUGGUUCGAGUCCUACUUGGAAUCAGAAAUUUGAACUUGAUGAGAUAGGUGGCGGUGAAUACAUUAAAAUAAAAUGCUACAGUGAAGAAACUUUUGGAGAUGAUAACAUUGGUAGUGCUCGGGUAAAUUUGGAAGGACUUGUAGAAGGGUCAAUCAGAGAUAUAUGGGUACCCCUUGAAAAAGUUAAUUCAGGAGAACUUAGGCUUCAAAUAGAAGCAGUGAGAGUUGAUGAUUGUGAAGGAUCAAGGGGUUCAAAUACAAGCCUGGUCAAUGGUUGGAUUGAACUUGUCAUUGUUGAAGGGAGAGAUCUUGUUGCUGCGGAUCUCAGGGGGACAAGUGAUCCAUAUGUGAGAGUGCAGUAUGGAGACAUAAAGAAGAGAACAAAGGUAAUCUAUAAAACUCUAAAUCCUCAUUGGAAUCAGACCUUAGAGUUUCCGGAUGAUGGCAGUCCCCUGGUGCUGCAUGUGAAAGACCACAAUGCUUUACUACCCACAUCAAGUAUAGGCUAUUGUGUUGUAGAAUAUCAAAGAUUGCCUCCAAACGAAAUGGCUGACAAGUGGAUUCCCCUCCAAGGAGUGAAAAGGGGAGAGAUCCACAUUCGAAUAACAAGACGAAUUCCUGGACUACAGAAGCGGCCUAGUUUGGAUUCUGAGCCGUCACUAUCGCCAUUUAAAUCACACCAAAUUUCUAGCCAGAUGAAACAAAUGAUAAACAAAUUCCAAUCUAUGAUUGAGGAUGGCAAUAUUGAAGGACUUUCGACUGCAUUGAGUGAGCUCGAAACUCUGCAAGAUACACAAGAAGAAUCCAUGGCACAGCUUGAGACUGAACAAAUGCUUCUACUUAACAAGAUCAAAGAACUUGGUCAGGAAAUUUGCAAUUUAUCGCCUCCAAUGAGAAGAAAAUCUUCCAGAAUCUGAGUCAUACCAUUUUAGGUUUCAAUCUUACCUAUCAUUUUUAUAUAAAUACAAGUUUCGCAUUUACAAAAACUUCUUCAUACAGAGUAUGUAUAUGGUUUCCCAGCUAAUUGAAGUCACCCUUGUAGAUAUUUGGAAAUUGGCAGUUGUACAGUUAA